UCUGGAUGAUGCUACACCCCACAUUUGAAUAUUGUUUUUUUCUUGUCACGCAAACUUCCUGGGCAGGGACUCCAACGGCUGACUGGGCGGGAAGGAGGGUUCUUAAAUACAUCCCCUCUUGGCUUUUACUCAUUCCAGGAGCUCCAGCUACUGGGAGAAGCAGUGUCAAAGGCACCAUGAGCAAGAUCGGCGACGUGGUGAAGCGCGCCCGGGCCUCCUUCAACUCGGGCAAGACCCGUCCGCUGCAGUUCCGGGUCCAGCAGCUGGAGGCGCUGCGGCGCCUGAUCCAGGAGCGCGAGCAGGACAUCGCGGGCGCGCUGGCCGCGGACCUGCACAAGAAUGAAUGGACCUCCUUCUACGAGGAGGUGGUGUAUGUCAUAGAGGAGAUCGACUACAUGAUCAAGAAGCUCCCGGAGUGGGCUGCGGAUGAGCCCGUGGAGAAGACUCCCCAGACCCAGCAGGAUGAAUCCUACAUCCACUCGGAGCCCCUGGGUGUGGUCCUCAUCAUUGGCACCUGGAACUACCCCUUCAACCUCACCAUCCAGCCCAUGGUGGGCGCCAUUGCCGCAGGGAACGCAGUGGUCCUCAAGCCCUCGGAGCUGAGUGAGAACAUGGCGAGCCUGCUGGCUACUAUCAUCCCUCAGUACCUGGACAAGGAUCUGUACCCCGUCAUCAACGGGGGUGUCCCUGAGACCACAGAGGUGCUCAAGGAGAGGUUUGACCACAUCCUGUACACGGGCAGCACAGGGGUGGGGAAGAUUGUCAUGACGGCCGCUGCCAAGCACCUGACCCCCGUCACGCUGGAGCUGGGAGGAAAGAGCCCCUGCUACGUGGACAAGAACUGUGACCUGGACGUGGCCUGCCGACGCAUCGCCUGGGGAAAAUUCAUGAACAGUGGCCAGACCUGCGUGGCCCCCGACUACAUCCUCUGUGACCCCUCGAUCCAGAGUCAAAUUGUGGAGAAGCUCAAAAAGGCGGUGAAAGACUUCUACGGGGAAGAUGCCAAGAAGUCCCGAGACUACGGAAGAAUCAUUAGCUCCCGGCACUUCCAGAGGGUGAUGGGCCUGAUAGAGGGCCAGAAAGUGGCCUACGGGGGCACUGGGGACGCAGCUUCCCGCUACAUAGCCCCCACCAUCCUCACGGACGUGGACCCCCAGUCCCCAGUGAUGCAGGAGGAGAUCUUUGGGCCCGUGAUGCCCAUCGUGUGCGUGCGCAGCCUGGAGGAGGCAAUCCAGUUCAUCACCCAGCGCGAGAAGCCCCUGGCUCUCUACGUGUUCUCUAACAACGACAAGGUGAUUAAGAAGAUAAUCGCAGAGACAUCGAGCGGUGGGGUGACAGCCAACGACGUCAUCGUUCACAUCACCGUACACUCUCUGCCCUUCGGGGGCGUGGGGAACAGCGGCAUGGGGUCCUACCACGGCAAGAAGAGCUUCGAGACCUUCUCUCACCGCCGCUCUUGCCUGGUGAGGUCUCUGCUGAAUGAUGAAGCCCAGAAGGCCAGAUACCCUCCCAGCCCAGCCAAGAUGACCCGGCACUGAGGAGAGGCUGCUUCGCCUGCCCGUGUGCCCUGUACACCACAGAGCGCGGAAUGUUCUCUGCUCACUCUC